AUGCCAGAGGUUAUCAACCUCCUGUCCUCGACGCCGCCGCCCCCAGCAUCUCAACCCCGUCAGCCAUUAGUGGCCACGCUUCCAUCCGAUCCGCCCCUCUCCUCUGCUCCGCGGCAUCUGUUAUCGGACGAUAUCGAGUCACUUUUCGCCUACGAUGACAUCGAUAAACCGGCCAAGAGACGUCGCAUUAGCGAGGAGGUUGAGUCUCCUAAGGAAUUAGAUACCCAGUUUCCGACGACAAAUCUGUUUCUGUUCUCUGAUGAUGACGUCGCCUUGCCGUCUGAUGGACCCUCAACACUGAAGAUUCCCGCGUGGAACGAGGACUCGGAUCCUAUUGUUUUCACUUCGCCUGCCCCUGUGCCGGGAGCGAGGCCUCUUACGACUCAUGAAACGAAUCCCACAGAAACUAACACGAUCACGAUUGACGAUGACGAUGACGAUGACGGUGAUGCGCAUGUCGAUAUUUCCAACGAUGCCGCCCCCGGGAAGGACCACAUCGAGGACUUCAGUGACCAGCUGGGAAUGCCGGAUAUUGAAGAGUUAGUGAGGCAGGCUAGAACAGUUAAGCCAUCUGGGCAUGAAAAUACGCUCUUUUCGAGCCGGACGGCCAGUCUCCUUGCUGGUCUGAAGGAGCGCUCAGAAGCUACCAGUAGCGCUGGGAGUAGGACAAAAUCAAGAACUGCAGCUCCCAGCAAAAAGGCCCAAGAACGCGAUGUCCUUGACCUGGACGAUGAUCUCUCCGAGGUAGUGGCUGAAUCUCGCAAGCCAGCACGAAAGACAACCAAGCUGACCGCCGCGGAGAAAGAAGCGCGGGCUAAAGAGCGAGAAGCCGCAAAGGCGCAGCGGGAACAUGAGAAACAGCUCGAGAAGGAAAGACAGAAGAAGCUCAGGGAGGAAAAGGCGCGGGAAAAGCAGCUCGCUGCGGACUUGGCGGAGGUCAAUAAGCUCAAGGUGGACAAGAAGGAGUCCACGCCUGAGAUGAUCCUCGAUCUCGCUUCCUCGUUUAGGGAAACAAGUGUCGGCAAUCAGAGCAUUGAACUAAUGAAACGCCUGGGAGUUGAGCACACGUUCUUCACGAGCUCUAUCCCGAACAUCGUCAAAUGGCGCCGAAAGGUCACAGCCCGGUACAACGAAACUGCCGGCCAUUGGGAACCAUGUCCACACCAUAUCCGCGACGAAGACCACGUCCUCUGUCUUGUGACAGCACAGGACUUCGUCAACAUGGUGAUCGCGCCUGCAGACCCGGUAACAGGCACAACCGAGCUAGAACUGCACCUCGACCGCAUCAAAAAGGUCUACCCACGCCACAAACCAAUUUACCUCAUCGAAGGCCUAACCGCGUGGAUGCGCAAGAACCAAAACUCCCGCAACAGAGCCUUCCAAGCCCAGGUCCGCCGGCAACUCGACCAGAACCCAGACGAUCCUUCCUCGUCGACGCGCCGAAGAAAACCACCCGCCAAAACCGCCGAAUCCACCCCGCCCGUCGACGACGAUACCAUCGAAGACGCCCUCCUCGAGCUGCAGGUCACACACGCCUGCUUAAUCCACCACACCAGCGCCGCGGGGGAGUCGGCAGAAUGGAUCAAGAACUUCACCGAGCAUAUCUCGACCAUCCCGUACAAGCGCGAGCGCAUGGACGGCAACGACUCGGCCUUUUGCAUGGAUACGGGACAGGUCAAACCCGGCGAGGACAAGGCCGAUACCUUUGUCAAAAUGCUCCAGGAGGUGAAUCGCGUCACUGCGUCCAUGGCUUAUGGCAUCGCCGCGAGGUAUCCCACUGUCGUGGACUUGGUGAGAGGGAUGCGCCGGCAUGGGCCGACCAUGCUGGAAGAUGUCAAGAAAUCGGCAAACAAGAACGGUGCCCUGACGGACUCGCGCAUCGGCCCGGCUGCGAGUAAACGGCUGUACAAGGUGUUCAUGGGUCUUGAUCCCUCCUCUACGGAUAUCUGA